GUGCUGGGAAGAAUAGAAUCUCUCCUUCCUCAUGGAGAAAACAGAAGCCCCCAAUAAUAGCUUCUAAUUGAAUUGUUCUCCUCUUCCCUGCCCUUCUGGCUCCAAAGUAAAAGGUUUUGAGAACGGGCAGCUUGACCUCUUCCACAGUGUGGUCCUCUCCAGUUCCUGCUGAGGGCCUCUAGAAUUGACCCCAGGGCUUCCGGAUGUGUAUGUAUUCAUGUGUUCAUUUUUUGUGGUGCUGGUAAUGGAGCCCCCACAUGCUGAGUACUCUACCACUGAACUAUACCCUCGCCUGAGGACCUGGUGCUCUUUCUUCCUCCGGGCCCCCAUGCUGUUCACAUAGCCCAGGAUACUGCUGACUUACGUAGCCUCUGUCUAGCAGUGAAUUAUGCUUGUGGUCCACCGCACCCUUCAGAUUAUUUUCAGCUGUUACACCUUGGGCUGUGCCUCUGUCCUGUGUUCUGGGUGUGGCGCAUCAUGGCAGCGGCCCUUCCACCCUUCCCUCUACCCUCAUAUAGCUGAGCUCCUGCCUCCUUUUAGGCACUGGGAAUGUAAAUGUUUGCCAGAUUCUUCCUUGGCCUCCAGUCUCCUGGGAGGAGGAUCCUUGUGGGAGGAGAUGGAAUAGGUGGUAGGGUUUUGGUAAAAGUAAAACCUGCUCAUGUGGCUGCCGUAGGACAAGGCUGAGUCUGAGACCAUGAGGUUAGAAGGAGCUGGGUGAGUGAGUCUCAGGGUAGUCUCUGCACCAGCAGCCUGCGAAGAGGUAGUUAAAAAUGCAAAUUCUCAGCAAUGUUUCUAUGCCUCUCAGGGGUUCUGGUGCAACCUAAGGUCUGAGAAGCUUGGGUCUAGGUCAGAAAUGAUGGUGGCGGGACUGUCCUGGCAGUGGGACUAGAAGGGCAUGUGGUAAAUGAGUUUCUGGCAUCCGCUCUGGUCCUGGCUGAGCCCCCGGGGUCUUCCUGUCUGUCCUCACUGCCUGUGGCAGGUGUGUGGUUCCCCUUCCCUCCCUGGCUGCUCCAUGCAGUGCCUUCUUCACAAACAAGCAGCUCCCAGCCCAGCCAUGGUCGUCAAGGUGGUUGCCACAGCUGCUGACAUCAGCACUCUGGUCUCUGAGGAGCCUGUCACCUUCCUGCCUGCCCGAAGUGCUGCAUUACUGCUGCCGUGAGGAGUAGAGAGGAGGCCUUUGGAGCCUCCCACCCUCACACACGCCCCGUGUGAAGAACUGGGUGGGGCUGAGAGUGGUGACAGGGGGACAGAGGGUGGGGACUGGGGAGGCGGAGCCCUCUGGGGUGGCCUCUUCUCUUGGCAUCCGAGGCCCCAGCCCACUUGGCUUCUUGACCUUGGCGGGAGCAGCGGAACGGUGCUUGGGCCAUGGCAGAGGAUGGGCCGAAGCAGCUGGAGAUGCCUCUGGUCCUGGACCAGGACCUGACCAAGCAGAUGCGGCUGCGCGUGGAGAGCCUGAAGCAGCGUGGGGAGAAGCGCCAGGAUGGCGAGAAGCUGCUGAGGCCAGCUGAGUCCGUGUACCGAAUUGACUUUAUCCAGCAGCAGAAACUGCAGUUUGAACGCUGGAAUGUUGUGCUGGACAAGCCAGGCAAGGUCACCAUCACGGGCACCUCUCAGAACUGGACACCUGACCUCACCAACCUCAUGACACGCCAGCUGCUGGACCCCGCUGCCAUCUUCUGGCGCAAGGAGGACUCGGACGCCAUGGAUUGGAAUGAGGCUGAUGCCCUGGAGUUUGGGGAGCGCCUGUCGGAUUUGGCCAAGAUCCGCAAGGUCAUGUACUUCCUCAUUACCUUUGGUGAGGGGGUUGAGCCUGCCAACCUCAAGGCCUCUGUGGUGUUUAACCAGCUCUGAUGGUGGCCACUCCCUGCUGCCCUUCCUCUGGCCCACCAGCCUCCCCCUGCCCAGACCUCCUCCCGUGUAUAUUUCUGGGGACAUUCUUCUAGCUGCUCAGCCUGUCCUGGGGUUGGCCAGAGGCCCCCUGAGUCCCAUGUCCUUCCUCUCCGUGGUGCCAGUGCUCUGGCUCAUCGGAAGAUCCCACAGCUCUGUAGUCUAGAAGCUGGACCAUUCAUUGCCACCACUGCUGUAGAUGCCUGGCUGGUGCUACCAUGGGCUGAUGGAAAGACCACAGGACUGCAGUCCCUGCUUCAUUAUGGUAGAAAUAGACUGAAAGAGAGAGAAAGAGUGACCCAAACCGUCCGUCAUUGGGCUUCCUCCAGAGACAGGGAGACUGAGAAGCAGGAGCAGCCUCCUCCUCGGGGAACUCAGCAGGCAGGCGUUUGCUGCCCGCUCACCCGUAGCACCUUUGCUGAAUCCUGCCUCAAGAUUUGAACACCCAGCCUGAAGACCACCCCCAGCAUUGGGCUGAUGUGAUCCCGCGACAGCUCAAAUCCCUCAGGAUAUGGGGCAGGGCUGCUGUGGGUUGGUUUGGGUGGUAGAGAUUGGUGCUGCCUUUGCAAAACUAGCUCGGGUUCCUGUGGGAGUGACUGCAGGCAUGGGGGAGUGAAGGGAAGUAUGUCAAGUCAUGCAGAGAUCUAGCCACCAAUACAUAGAGGUAUACUGAGAGACAGUGUGUGUGUACUAUUGUUCUAUAUCUUCCCUGCACACAAGGCAACUUUAGAUUAUCUCUUGAAGAAUAGUUGUUCAAGUGUGGUUCUCAGCAGGGACCUGGCUGACAUGACAGUGGUUGACUCCCCCUUGGUGUGGGAAUUCCCACAGGAGACCUUGUGGUUCACACAGGGAGGGGAAAUGGUUUUGUAGAGAGGGGUCCAGGAUCUGGAACUGGAGAUGGUGAUGUCCCCUGCUGUGAAGUCAGGCUCUGUCAGCUCACUGGGGGUGAGGGGUGGGGGCACACUCAGGUGUUUCAUCCUCCUAUUGCCUCUCUUGGCAUUUCCCAGGCUGCUUCGGUGCAGCUUGGGUGGGUGGAGAAGGCCUGAGGGACUUGCCCUGCACAUCCUUUUCGUGGGUGACAUUCUGAAGUGGGCCGGAGACAGCAGCGGUGUGUCUUGCUGGCCUCUGAGGUCCUCGGGGGCAACCACUCACCAAACAAACAGAGAAACGGGCCCAGUUAUCAGCAGACUCAGUUCCAGCCCCAAGCUUCAUUCUCCUUCACCCCGCAUAGGGCCAGAGCCCCUUUUGCGGAGGGACCUGGUCUGCCGCUGGCUUCUGCUACUGCCUCUCAACAAGUGCCCACAACACCCUGUGUUGCCCCUGGCCAGUUGUGUCCAAGACAUUUUCCCUCCUGAAACAGCCAUGGCUGCGCUUGGCCCUGGGAACAGGUAUGCUGAGAACUGGGAGGUAACUGGUGGGGUGGAACUGGCCCUGGUGUGUGGGGCUGCUGGAGGGCGAGCCCCAGGGUGUUGGUGUAGGAUGUUGUGGGGCAGGGGUUGGCUGGUGGGUGAAUUCUGGUCCUUUGAAAUUCACACCUCUGGGUCUGUUGAGGCCCUGCUUAGAGAGGGCCUUGCCUGCAGCCUUUGCUACCUUAUUCUCCACCGAGGACUGGGAAAGACCAGACUCCUGGUAGGGACCCCGCCCUUCUGCCUCUUUGCUUGGCUUCCCCCUGCAGCUCUGGGGACACUCUCGGUCAGGAUUGCCCGUCCCCUACCCUGAUCCACCCCAUCUGCCCUGUGGCGUCCGCAGUGCUCUUGCUGUUGCUGUGCCUGCUGCGUGUCCCCAAUAAAUGCUGUAUGCCCGCGC